GGCCCCGCCCAGCGGCCUGCGCUCCGGGGUAGGUCCCGGGCUCAGCUCUCGGCUUGGGUCCCAGCGCCGGGAGUCACAGCGCCGGUAGGCAGGGGCACCCAGCCGGUGAGCCGCAUGGAGCCUCGCGCCGGGGACGGCUGCUUCCUGGGAGACGUGGGUUUCUGGGUGGAGCGCACCCCUGUGCAUGAAGCAGCUCAGCGCGGUGAGAGCCUUCAGCUCCAGCAGCUGAUUGAGAGCGGAGCAUGUGUUAACCAGGUCACUGUGGACUCCAUCACACCCCUCCAUGCAGCGAGUCUGCAGGGCCAGGCCCAGUGUGUGCAGCUGCUGCUGGCAGCUGGCGCCCAGGUGGAUGCACGAAACAUUGAUGGCAGCACCCCUCUUUGUGAUGCCUGCGCCUCAGGGAGCAUCGAGUGUGUGAAGCUCUUGCUGUCCUAUGGGGCGAAGGUCAACCCUCCUCUGUACACAGCAUCCCCGCUACAUGAGGCCUGCAUGAGCGGGAGCUCCGAAUGUGUGAGGCUUCUUAUUGAUGUUGGGGCCAAUCUGGAAGCACAUGAUUGCCAUUUUGGGACCCCUCUCCAUGUUGCCUGUGCACGUGAGCAUUUGGACUGUGUCAAAAUGUUGCUCAAUGCAGGGGCCAAUGUGAAUGCAGCAAAGCUUCACGAGACCGCCCUUCACCAUGCGGCCAAGGUCAAGAACGUGGACCUCAUUGAGAUGCUCAUAGAGUUUGGAGGCAACAUCUAUGCCCGUGACAACCGGGGCAAGAAGCCCUCGGACUACACGUGGAGCAGCAGUGCCCCGGCCAAGUGCUUUGAGUAUUAUGAAAAGACACCUCUCACCCUCUCACAGCUCUGCAGGGUGAGCUUGAGGAAGGCCACUGGCGUUCGAGGGCUAGAGAAAGUCGCCAAGUUAAACAUCCCUCCCCGGCUCAUUGACUACCUUUCCUACAACUGAGCUGCAGGUGGGGAGCUGGGAAGGCUGUGUGACCAGUGUGGCUUUCACUGUACUGUGCCUAGCCCUGGGCCCUAAAGAGUUCUGCCUGUUUCCCUGCAACACCAUUGUUUGCUGUAGAUAGACUGACGCUCCUCUGUGUUCUUCUUGGCCGUCCUUCUAAAUGUCUUCUGAACCCUGGAGAAGAUUUCUGAAGCACCAGGAGGCCAGUGUCUGGCAUCGCCACUGUGGAUGUAGCCCUGGCUCAUCUCCUGGAACUAAUGCUGUCACUCUGGGGUGGGCUAAGUUCUUCACGUUUCCUCUUGCCACAGACCUCAAAGGCACUCAAGACAGACAGUUCAAGGUGCAUGGGGAAUACUAGAGAUUCAGGACACUAAUGUUGAUUAUCCUAUGUCUGUGUGCCGUGCUUAGAAGCGUCAGGUUCCAAGCACUUGGCCCUGUGCUGGGAUGCCUCUUCUGGUGGCGUCUUGUCACUUGGGCAGUCUUUCUGGAGCAGCAGCUGGUGCUUUCCAGGGUCUGCCUGCACCCAGAUAUAUCACUCAGGGCUUUAUAGAUCGGAGUGGGGAAGGCUCAGGAUUUGUACCCCCACCUCCAGCCAUGUUUCUUGGGAUGAUUGUCUCCAAUAUUAGGAUUCAAAUUGUCAAAAAGUUUAUAUUGGGGCCUGAAGAGAUAGCUUAGGACUAGAGUUCAGUUCCCAGCACCUACACCAGGCAGCUUACAAUGGCCUGUUACUUCAGCUCUAGGGGAUCCGACACCCUCUUCUGGCCUCCUUAAGCACUCACACUUAUGUGUACAACAAACACACACACAGAGAUAACUAAAGUAAAAUCUGUUAAAAAGUUUAUGUUGGAAAACCUUUAGAUUAAAAAUAUAUGUAUAUGUCUAUAUAUACAUAUGCAUUCAUAUAUAUAUAUAUGCUAUAACAAGAUUUGUAAUGAGCCAUUCAAACAGUAAAAACAGUAGAGAAUAUGAAAGUGCAAGACUUGAACCAGAUGGGAAUGAGAUUCAUUAGCCAAGUCAGGAAAAGUCACAAUUCCUUCUUAUAGUAAUAAAAGUAAGUCCUUGUACAUUGUGGGUGAAACAUUAAGUCUAACAUUCAGACUGAAUUUUCCUGACUAAUAUUCUAUAUCUUACUAAUAUUGAUAGUACCCCAUAUACAAUAGGGAGAACUAUAUCAAGAAAGGCCACAAAUUCUGAGUAAAUCCAUGUUUCUUCAUGCAAUAGUAAUAACAAUCAUUUAAAAAAGGCACUGGAUUCUGCCUCUUUUAUCUUUGUAACAGAAUCUUGCCUCUAGUAAUAAAACCCAAUAAAAGUUCCAUCCAAUAUAUAUACUCUUUGGUAUAGAAUAAGUAAGGUUCUCCCACCAUUACUGUCCAAUAAAAAUGGUUGGAUGAA